CCUUGCUCCUCUCCAGCAGAGCCGGCUUGCACCGCUCACCUCCACCCAUAGCACUGUCCAUUCCUUGCUGCACUUCUGCACCUACUAUCGUCCAACACCCUAUCCCCUAUUAUACUGUUGUGUCGCCACCAACAACCCCCAGCACAGCUGUUGUCUGCUCCAGUCCUCUCUCAACUGUCCACACCCAAAACUGCACCUCCCCAAUCUCAAACAUAGUAUCAUCAGCUCCCCUGACCUGUUCCACCCCGACCCCAACUAUAACUCCCACUGUAACUCUCUCUGACCCCACCAGUUAUCCAACCACUGCCCCUAAUGUAACACAUCAACCCCCAACCAAUACAUCAAUCGCGACACCUCCUACAAAUCCAACACCCUGUACAUUUGUAACUCAAACUGCCUUGUCUUGCACCUCCAUAUCGUAUUACUCUACUACACAUCCGAUUGGUCCCAAUGCCCCUCACCCAAAUUCUGCUUCACCUUCUUAUGCCACUCUCAUACAAACUGUAUCUCAUUGCAACAUCCCAUGUCAAGCUCGGCAAAAUACCUCUUCUGCCAACACAGGCACAACCCCCUACUCCUCCCCAGUCCCCAAACUAAAAUCAUGCACUUCUCCGCCUCCACUUGUGAAAACAUAUGUGUCCACUCUUCCAAAUGCACAACUAUGUGCAACACCAACUAAAGCUGUUCCUCUGUACUCUUCCACAUUUCGUGCUGCGCCACCAUACACCCCUCCCUCUCAGGCCCCUUACAAUGCUCAGGAUAAGAGGGGCAUUCGACUUCCACCUCCUCCCCCACCACCUCCACCUUACACACCACGCAAAAAUGGAAGUGAUCCACCAGGUCCUGCAAGCCGAACACCCAUGCUCAGGGCAGACAGUAAAAGCAGCAAGAAAGAUAAAGACAGGGACAAUGAGAAAAAGGAAGAUAUAAGAUGUACAGACUCGCCCAACCUCUGUAAGAGAGCCAGCUCUCUGAAGCACAGAGCUCAUACUCCGCCAGUUGCUGGGAUGAAUCAAGAGAAGCAGUCCUCCUCCUCCUCUCCUGCCAAGGCCUGUUUUAAGUCCAGCUGUCUCAGCUCAGCCCAGGCUCAGCUUGGGGCACUGCACAAAAUGCUCUGCUCAGGCGCCAACGCUAGGCCCAACACCCCUAACAGCCAAAACCCUUUCCCUCCAAACCAGCAGGGUUGCUCUGGAGCCAGGGGCUGCACUGCUUCUGGGGAGCGGCCUACUGCUGGGCCCCUGACUGCCACCCAGGCUGACACACUAAGACAGGUCCAGGAAAUUCUGGGAGGGUUGGUGUCUGGGGCCAGGUGUAAACUGGAUCCAUCCAGGGUAACAGAAAAGCUCCUGAGCCCCAACGGACCCCUGCACGAUAUUCGUAGCCUGCAGAACCAGCUCCACAGCCUGGAGGGAGUUCUGGAGACCAGCCAGAACACCAUUAAGGUCCUGUUGGAUGUCAUUCAAGACCUUGAGAAGAAGGAAGCCGAGAGAGACGGAAGACAUUCCUACAGGACCGGACAGGACAUUGAGAACUGUGGGACCUGCAGGGACUGUGCCUGCAUCAUCUACAGUGUAGAGCAUGACUUUCGUCUGCAGGAAGGGCAGGUGGUACGCACAUGGAAGGUGGGCGACCCUCCUGAGGGCUCACCACAGCCCGCCACUCCCCAGCCCACCACACCCAACCAACAAGACUCCCCUCAACUGGUGCGACCCCCUGCCACCACCAAGAAGAACAGGAAGAAAUGUUUCUGGUUCCUCUGAGGGCUAGAGGAUAGAGCGAAAGACAUUUUGAUACUUUAGUGCACUGCAUACCCUUCUUUGAAAAACAACAGAAGAUAAACUGUGGAGAUUUGAUUCAAAAACAAGUGUGGAAUGAACUGGAGAAUUAAAAUGCAAACAUAAAACUGUGGGAGGACAAAGAGUUACAGAGGUUAUAAUUUUAGCUGUUGUUUUUGGAGUUGAUGAGAAUGGUUUGACUGGGGCACACAUGUUGUUACUGCUCUUAAAAUGCCUCUUCAGCACUUACAGGUUUGAUACCGGUGCAGGGAAGUAAAAGUGCUGAAGUCAAAUAAAAGCAAAAGUUCAGUCCACAAGAUGACUCACAGUUAGGAAGCAAUUAGGAGAUAUAAAGAGAAU